UAUAUAUUAUUAUUAGUAACAAAUUGUGACUGUGAAUAUAAUAUGUGUUAAAAUAAGAAAAAAAAAUAUGUCGUCCGAUCGUAUCGAUCGAAUCGUAUACGGUUGGAAAGGGCAUCUCAAGAGCAAUCGAAUGGUACCAAUAAAACACCAUAUGAUCGAGUCAAGCAGUGCCGGCAACGGAAAGUAAUGAAUGUGGCCGACAGAAUCAAAGACGGUGCCGGUACAUCUGCAGCUGGGACGGCUAAAAUUAUGCAGAUAGGUGAUGAAAGUACUUCUACACCGACAUCGGACUGUGUAGGCGUCUAUUGCGUUCGAUCGUCGCUUAUGAAGACGCAUUGGGCAGUAGCUAGUGCACGUUUCACUACGACGUUUAUCAAUAAUCCAUUCGGACACAAGUGUGAUGUAUGUGAUCGUCACUGGUUUCUGCGCUCAUUGAAGCCAACAAAUGAAAAACAUUUAUCACGGCUUAAUAAUGCUAUCCCUGGCUAACUUUAAACUGUGCAGCACGUGUUAAAAAUCAUUCGGGCAAAUUGCCUACAUUAUCACGUUCGAACAGAUUUGUAUAUCCACCUAAGCAACACGGGCUACCUGCUUCAGAUCCGAUUAGUGCUCGUCUAGUAUCACCGCGACUGCCAUUCAUGCAGAUACGUCGUUUGCGUUACGAUGGCAGCUAUGGUAUCAUCGGAUUAGUCAUUAAUGUACCCGUUGAUGUAGAUACAAUGGUGCAGCAGCUACCUCGUGAAUUAGAUGAUGAUCUGGCGUUCAAUAUUAACAUAAAGAAAAAUAUGAUACAUAAAUCUACGUAUCUGAGUGGCGUGGUCAAAAAUAAACUGGGAUACAUUCUAAGCCAACACAAUAACCGAUCGAGCAUCUACAGUGUGACAGAAGUGCACCGGAGUCGGAUGUUCUGCUUGCAAGGCAGCACAUUUUGCUUUGGAAUGAAGAACAUUGUCUUGACAUUGCUCCGGGCCAGCAUUCAACACCACACAACAUUAUUUACGACGUGUAUGCCGAAGAAUUAUCGUUUCCUUUGAUAUCCUACGGUACUGGCAGGCAGUUCAAUACAGAUGUGUGCGUUACCCCAUUCAUGAUCGCAACAAGCGAGAUAAGAAGAAACGAUCGCCGCGGUGUCAUACCCGAGCACAUUUUGUAUAUGGCCAUGAAAAUUAUGCGGCUGCGUGUUGUCGAAGGUAUAUAUAGUAUGUUUCGAUGCAUACCACAGACUACCAAUAUAACUCGCAAAAUGCUGGAAGAUCGUUUGUUCGUCGAUGAGUGUUGUCCAUAAAAACCUUGCAUUUUUGAAAUCAUUACCAAAUUCUGUGCAGUACUGAAUGAAUCGUAAAAGGAUCUUUUUGGGAUUAUACGCCAGCUGGGCAAGCCAUCGAUGUUCCUUACGAUAAGUGCUAACGAAAUACAUUGGCCAAAUCUUCUCAAGAUACUACAAGUUAAGGACACUUGCACCAACAUUCUUAAUUCAAAUGUCCCCAAUGACCUGUAACACCGGUCACUCAACCCCAUUAGCAACGUACCCACCGUAGACACCUGUGUCAUCAAAUUCAUCCAUGUGUCUAUCGAAACAUGAUCCAUUGGAAUUCUCUUCUACGAAAACGUUAAAUUAUUUUCCCAGCGAAAUGCAAUUGCAGCGUCAGCACCAAGGUGACAAUUAGACUUAAGAACGAAAUUGUAAUUAGUCUUAAAUCAAACGUCGUUAAAUAAAAAUCAUUUUUUUUCGUUCAAACAAAACAUAAGAAUUUAAUUGGCGCCCGAGCAGGGACCCGGAUCGUGCGGAUAAAAGAAAAAGCAAAAGUACGGUUUUUUUGUCGACGAAUAGUAUCGUAUCGUUCAAAAUAAUUCGCGAUCGUCCGAUUAAGGAGGAAACCCGAAAGGUUCGACGCAAAGAUAUUAAAACGUGCGAAACGAAAGUACAAAAUAUACGGAACGAAUAGCAAUUCCGUGCGGUUCGGGUACAAAAAGAUAAUAAUCGUCCGAAUACGGGAAACCGGAAAGGUUCCAAAACCAUCGGCGUGGAAAAGGGGCCCCCCAGUAACUACCAAAAAAAAAAAAUUUUGAUUUUGUAGACGAAAAGGAGUCGGCAAGUACCGACAGCCGCCCGCGAUGGAAAUUCUAGUGUUUAUGUAAGGAAGUUAAGGAAUUUCAUUAGAUAGCUGAUCAAGGAAAGAAAGUUAAAAUCUGAGAAAUUGAAAAGAAGUUUAAGUUGUAAAAGGAUAAAAGUUAAAAAAAUUGAGGAAAUUUAAGUGAUAGAAAGUUAAAAAUUGAGAAAGAAAAAAAGUAUAAAAAAUUGAAGAAAUUUAAGUGAUAGAAAGUUAAAAAUUGAGAAGAAAAAAAAAGUCUAGAAAUUAAGGAAGUUAUCGGUGAGAAAAGUGAUUCAAUUAGAUUGAUGAUUAGAAGAAAAGUAAAUUAAAAAAAAAAAAAAAUUUCUAAUUAAGGAAUUUCAGUAGGUAGUUAAUCAAGAAAAGAGAGGUAGUAUUCCAAAUAAAAAUUGCCAAAUUGAAGAAGUGAAAGUGAAAGAGAAAUUGUUUAACGAGAAAAUUAAGAAAGGAGUAUUACAAGCCAAAAAUCUGUAAGUACAGUUCUCCAAGUGUUAUAAAUUUUUUUUAAAAAAAAUAAUUAUGGCCCGUCGGGAAAACCUGAUUCAACCACCUAGGUUGAAUAGCGAUGAACAGCCUCCAGUUCCUCCCCCAAAUAUUCAACUCCACGAAAUUGAAGCACUAGUGACAGAA